AUGGUAUACCUCAACGAUGACUUUGAGGGCGGUGCAACCAAUUUUCUGAAAGACGUGGCGCCUCUACAGAGCAACGAGGAACGCCGGCCACGCGCCACGCCAGAUCAAAUCCGGCACAAAGUCAUGCCGGAGGCCGGCACAGCGAUCAUAUUCAAUCACAGGUUGUUGCAUGAGGGGGAGACGGUCACGGCGGGCGUCAAGUACAUGCUGCGCAGCGACGUCAUGUACACGCGGGUGGUGGGCGAGGACAUGGACCCCAACGACCGGGACGCCCUGCUGCUCUUCCGCAACGCGCAGGCCGCGGAGGCGGAGGGCGAGAUGGGCACUGCGGCGUCCCUCUACCGGAGGGCCUUCAAGAUGAGUCCGCGGCUGGCGGAGGCCUACGGUGACGACAGCAGCUGA